GUCAACCACCUGCAGCGCGUGCUGGCGCCCCUCACCGCCGGCCCGAAUGAGCACCACGAGCAGCAGCAGCAGCAGCUGGUUGCCAGCCAAGGGGGCCCCAUCUCUGACCGGGGGCCACCCAGCGGCACCGCCGCCGCCGCCGCGUGCGGGCCGCUGGAGGUGGCGACCAUCGACCGCUACCAGGGCCGCGACAAGGCGGUGAUGCUGCUGUCCCUGGUUCGCUCCAACCCGGCCGGCAACGCCGGGCAGCUGCUGGCCGACUGGCAGCGCCUCAACGUGGCACUCACGCGCGCGCGCGUGAAGCUGCUGGUCGUGGGCUCCGCACGGACGCUGGCGGGCGUGCCGCUGCUGGCGCGGCUGGUGGGCAUGGCACGGGAGGGGGGGUGGCUGGUGCGGCUGCCCCCGGAGGCGACGGCGGUGGGGGCCGGCGCCGCGGGCGCCGCGGCGGCGGCGACGCCGUCGCCAAUGGUGGAGGGAGAUUGA